AUGAAAGGUCACUGUCAGCACAACUGCUCUGUGGUGGGAGAGGGCGGCUAUAUCUGUGUCUGUCCCCGUGGAUAUCAAAUCCAACUCAACGACACAAAACUUUGCGAAGAUAUCAAUGAAUGUUCGGGUUUUGGUCACAACUGCUCUCAGACUUGUGUCAACAUUGAGGGCACCUAUACCUGUAAAUGCAAACAAGGCUUUGAGAUGAUUGACGAACGGUGUGUCGUCAAGAGUGAAGUGCCGGCAUUUGUCUUAUACACUGACGGACCUGAUAUAAGAGCUGUCGAUUUGUCACAACAGCACCAGUCAUCACUGGUCGCCGGCGAGAGUCGUGUCCAGUCUUUAGACUUUGAUCCAAUCACCGAUAUACUCUAUUGGACCGAUACAUACGAUAAGACGAUAAAGAGAGCAGUGAUUCCAAACCCAAGUGAUCCUGAGCAUGGAAAUGGUUUCUCACAAAAUCUGGACCUCAAAGGUCUUACAAAACCAGUGGACAUUGCCGUCGAUUGGGUCGGAAGUUUGUCGUUUGGGUUUCCUGCGUAUAAACGGUCAGAAGAGCUGCCAGCUAUAGCGUUUCGUCACCAGCAGACCGGACUAGAGAGGCCAACAUCCGUAGCACUUGACCCAGAAUUAGGUCGCAUGUUUUGGACGGACGCCGGAAUCCAGCCUAAGAUCGAGUCGAGUUGGAUGGACGGGAACCGACGAAAAUUGAUUAUCAACGAGAAGUUAGGUUAUCCGACGGGUCUGACCAUCGACUACGAGGCCGGACACCGACUGUAUUGGUCCGACUCGAAGCUCAAUACUAUAGAGUCGUCCAAUUCGGACGGAACCAAUCGCGUGACUGUCAUUAGCGGCGAACUGCACCACCCGUCCAGUCUGGAUAUGUUUGAGGAUCAGCUGUAUUGGGUGACCCGAGACACCGGAGAGAUCUAUCGUCACGACAAGUUUGGCCGCGGAGUCAAAGUGAGAGUCCGGCGCUCCUUAGAGCACGCGACGGAUGUGAAGAUCUAUCAGGAAAAGAAAUACAACACAACCCUGUCAAACCCAUGCCAAAGCGCUUCCUGUUCCCACUUAUGUCUGCUGAUUCCGGGCGGAUAUCGGUGCUCAUGUCCCGACUCCACCACUUCGGUGGUCAGUGUGAACGGCAACUGCAAUACAGCCUACGAACAGCCAAAAGCCGUGCCCUACCGGUGCCAGUGCCGGAACGGCGGCUCAUGUAUUCGCAGCGAACAAGACUUGUCUAAAAUCGUGUGCAAAUGUCUGGACAACUUCGAGGGAAACAAUUGCGAGGAAUACAUACCCCGCAGUCAGAUCGGUGGCGACAACGACAAAGUGUUUGCUGAAGUGGUUUUGCCCAUAAUUAUAGUUCUCAUGACUUUAGUGGUGGCGGUCGUGCUCUACACUUACUUCAAGAAACGCAAUUUUAAAAACGGAAUCAAUCAAAGCGUGUCCUUCAGGAGUGGCACUAACGUAGAGUUUGGUGGACCAGCUUUUAUGCACAACGGCCCCAGCGAUGGCUCACAACCUGCGCCAAUGGACCAGGAGUUCAAUUUGGGAGACAUAAAGUCCACGGAUUUCGAGAACCCGAUGUACGAAGAGCUGGAGAGCAACGGCACCGACAAUAACGUGAAGAAAGUGAACAACGAAGCGAUUCCGUCGAACACCGGCUUAUAUGAAGUGCCGGACGAGUUGUACAACAAGAAAGUGCCGAUCGAUGUGACCAACAAUUACGACAAGUCGGUGACCGGAUCGGCGGUACUGCCGCCGUCAAGCGUCACUCACCGGUCCUCACCGCAGGUCCAGAUCAGACAACUCUCACUGAACCCCACUUCGGUCGACACCGACAAAGACACGCAAUAUUUAGUAGAAGAGGACAAAACGGACUGUUAAUGAGUGUUACUUACAAAAAAAUAUGUUUAAUACAACUGUUAAUAAGUGCUAAUAUUAACUGUGAAUAUAUUGUUAUUCAAAUUGAACUAAUUAUUAGAGAAAUCAUACCAUAAUUCAGUGCAUUAUAGGACGAAAAAAGCCUUAACCGACGAAAAGACAUUGUUUUUUAUAUAUAUGAGAAAAGUUUUAAAAAAGUUUUUAGUUUUGAAAAGUGCAACAAAUGAUUCCGAUUGUGGUCUUUAAGCUGAAGCAUCGGUUCCGAUGGCAACUAAUGAGAAGACCAGUUGUGAUAUUUUUUUAACUUCUUUUUCGCGAAAACAAAUACAAAAACACUUUUUUCCCGAUCAUUGCGUUUCUCCCUACCAUUCAUCGCAUUUGAAGUUCAUUUCUAUGUAUACAUAAUAUUUCUGAUGAAUAAUUCCGUAACAAAUUCAAUGUGUUUUUAAAUGUGAAGUACGAAAAUGUAUUAUAAUUAUUGUUAAUUUGUUAAGACUAUAAUAUAUUAAGUACUUCGCGUAUAGUAUAUAUAAAUAUAUAUAUAUAAGGGGUUUGAAUGAAUUCAAUGCUUAAAAUUAUCAUGCUACAUUUAUUAUAAUGUCGUCCAUCUCUGGUCAUGAAUUGCCAUUAUUUUUGUAAUACAAUUAGGUUUUUAGUAAUUUCUGUCCACUAUUUUUUAAUUGACUUAUUAUUUUGUAGAUUUUUUAUUUAUAUAUUUUUUAUAAUGCAAUAAAAACGACAUAAUUUUUUAUAAUUUUAUACUAUCGAC